AUGUCAAGAUGCAAGACUCUGGUCUACGCAGAGCUUCUGGCCAAUAUCCGCCAAAUAUCUAUCGUCGCUGCUCUGGACACGCCAUGUAAUUCAACCACCAAGGCGGAGCUGUCUCCAAACGGUCUCCAGGUUACUUUAUAUCACGAGGGGGAGGUGAUCGCCACAAAUCUUCCGGGGCAAGUAGCUGCCAAAGGUGCCUUGCAGAAGCCCGCGCUGGGUAGCAGAGAGUUAUCAUGGCGCCUACCCCUGGCGGGUGCGCUCCCAGCUCAAUAUGCGGAAAAGAUGCAAAGUAGUGAUGUUGCAUGGUCUGCGAAGCAGUUGGGACAAGAUUCAGAGUUCCUUUGUCGAGAGUGUGGUACUGUUAUUAUCAGAAAUGGCAGUAUCAAGACAUGGAAAGACCUACCAAGUGAGAACUGGGCAGAGAUGAUGGAGUUCUGGCAUUGUCAUAAGCCAGAUGAUCAUAAUCAUGAGUCGAAUGGUGCAAGUGGCCAUGAGAAACACAUUGACGCCGAGAAGUCCCUGGCGGAUAGAGGCUACGGAGCCAACACCAAAUUCAUGCCUAGAUCUGGAUUUGCACUCGUCGGCCUCACAACAUUCCACAUUACUGCAUCCGACUGCACAGGACUACAGCUGUUCAACAGAAGAAACAUUAGAAUUCGAAAGGAUACAGUGCAAGUCUUGCAACAGCUAUCUUGGGCACGUCGAUCACCUAAUAGAGGGAGUCAAACUUCACAAAUGGACCCUGCAGCCGUCAUCAUCCACGCUGCUAUCACCCAAAUUACCGUCUGCGCCUUUAUUUAUUUCCUCGCAACUGGCCGAUAUUUUGCAAUCGCAGUGUGCCUCCCGUAUUUUGCUUUCCUCGUUAGAGUGGAAACAAUCGACAACCUCUCAUAUUACGACCACCUCCUCGUCGGACGAGUCCCCAGUGUCAUCGGCGCGAUCCAAGUAUGGUUCGUCUCCCGAGCUAACCCACCACCUAGCUUCGAAGAACAACUUGCCGUCCUCCUUGUUGCCGCCCUCUUUAACCUCGCCGCCUGCUGGCUCUACUUCGACGUUCCUAUCUUUAUGGAUAUUGGCCAGUGGAUUGAGAUUUUCGUCGUCGAGAUUUUCGGCUGGUGA